AUAAAGCCUGUCAGAUUGUUGCAAUAAAGGUCUUUGGUCUGUACCCCACCAGAGUCCGUGAAUCCAUGCUCCACAAAUGGUGCCCGAACAGGGACAAAAAACAUAGGAACGUAUGACCGGUGGAGCAGCCCAGCUGAAUGAGAAAAAAGGCAGCGGGAAGGAGAGCUGCAGUCCGGACAAAUAAUCACCAGAAAGAGCUGUAGCUGGGUGAGAUCAAUUACGGCAGGUGACAAACACAAGAAGACAGAAACAGAGAGGCAGAGACGGAGGAAAAAAGAGACUUUUUGUUGAAUAGUCCUAAGAAUUCAAGCAAGUCUUUCCUACAUCGGACUUGGUGGUUAUUGAGAUUUUUAAGGAUAGCAUCCCUUGGCAGCGACAGCAUUUCCAGCGCUGCGGUCCACAGCAGGGAGGAGCGCUCCUGCAGCGAUGAAGUCAUGCGGCACGGUGGUGAGCAGCACGCUUGCCAUCUUCUUCGUUCUGCUUCUGGGUCUGAUCCCCAUUAUGGGUCAUCAAGAUGAACUACAGGUUGGGGUCGCAGGCAAGCCAGUGAUCUUGAACUGCAGAGGCAUACCUUCUGACUCAGAUGUGACCUGGAAGUACUCUAAGUUUGUCGUAAGGGCGUUUAAAACUAACUCUUUUAAAGGCAAAGCUACUAUGAGCGAUCGAUCUGAAAUCAUCCCCAACACUAAACAGCUGAAGGUGUUGAACUUAAAGCUCACCGAUGCUGGCAUCUACACCUGCGAAUAUGGCUCUCACAAAGUCUAUAUCUCACUGCAUGUCUUUGAAUUGACGAUUUCUUCAGAUGGGCACUUCCUGCCAAACGAAGUCCCCAAGCUGACUUUAAUGCAAAAUUCAUCCAAACCGCUACCCAAUCUCAGCAUCACAUUGUUCAACAGCAACAAUAACACAGUAAUAGCAAAACCCUUAGAAAACACCCCUCAAAAAUACAUACUGCAGUUAAAGGAACUGGAGGCUACGGACAGUGGGACCUGGAUGUGUCAUGUCCAUGCAGAUUCUCCAUUGAUUAAUCAGAACAUCGCCUUUGAUGUGAAGGUAUUAGGUUUUCAGAAUCCAGUCUUGGAAAGAAAGUAUGCAACUGUUGAUAGCACUGUCAUCUUGUCAUGGCACCUGAACUUCCGGAAGAUAAUAUGGAAAGAAGGUUUCACAGGACGACUGAAUUGGAAACGACAGGAAAAUGCAACCCCUCAUGAGCUAUUUGAUUUCAAUGUCACAGCCCGGGGAGAGCAGCAUAAGACCAAAAAAAGCAACCACUUUCGGUUUGAGAUACCUGAAAGCAAACCUGAAAGCACCAUAGAACUGAAACUCCACAAAGUCCAUUUCAACCAUUCUGGGCAGUACCAGUGCCAGCUGGCAUACAAAGGAAGAUAUACACAGAACAAUAUAGAGCUGGUGGUGAUGAAAGUCUCAGCUAACCCUGUUGGGCCACUCCCCUGCGGGGCCAAGACGACGCUGAUCUGCCAGGUCUCUAGUCCUCUCCCACCCAACGCUCACUUGCUCUGGGAACGUGUGAAUGGGACUCAGGAGGACGUCAAGAAGUCAAAGCAGAAUGAAGCAAAGGUGGAGGUGAACGUCAGUGCUGCAGGGCUGUGGAACUGUCACCUCAUAGAAGACAAUGACAUGAAGAUCAGCCUUAGUUACCCCGUGGAGGAAGCUCCUGUUUGGAUUAGCUAUGCGGUAACUGGAGCAAGUAUUGGAGGCAGUGUGUUGGUGUUUGGCCUAGCAUGCCUGUGCAUCAUCAGCGGUAUAAGCUGGCAGCGGAGAAGGCAACGGGCAAAAAGGAUGAUACGAGCAAGACAAUACUUGUUGGAAAACAAGACAUGUCAGUGUCAACAUCGGCUGAAUAAGUAGUAUUGCAGCACUGGAGUCAGAAGGACUGAUGAAAUCUCUGCCUUUACCGAAACACCUGCCAGCUCUGUGAAUCCAUCUCCCUUUCUCUGGUUUUGACGUAAUUAUUUCUUCAUCAUUCCCCCAGUCUAAUGCUGUGGAGGGAUGUUGUCUGGCUAGGAGCUGAUGGACAAGACAAGAAACCCUUAAGAGUUAAGAUUGAUUCCGAGUUCUACAGUGAGAGAUAGUGAAUAGAAUAUAUAUACACACACAUAUAUAUAUAUGCUUGUAUUUUGCUCAUGCACUUAAUUUGACCUUCUUGUGGAAACAAUUUUAUGUGCUUCUUUUAUCUGCCUGAGCUACAA